AUGUUUGGCAGGCCUCAAGGAGAACUGGUAAAGGAGGUCGUUUCAAAGGUAUGGGGAGAGCUGAAAAGGAAUUACUCAUUGGUUGUAAAUGAUUGUUUAGUUGGAAUUGAUGAUCAUGUAGAAGAAAUGAUGAAAUUGUUGAGUGUUAAUUCCGAUGAUGUAAGGAUUGUGGGAAUUUGUGGCAUGGGAGGAAUUGGCAAGACCACUGUAGCCAAGGUCAUCUACGACAAACUCUCCCGACAAUUUCAUUCCCAUUGCUUCCUUGAAGAUGUUAGUAAAACAGCACAACAACACAAUGGUCUUGUUCAUUUGCAAAACCAACUCAUAUCUAGCAUCUUAAAACAGGGACGCCCUGUCUUAAUCGGGUCUAUGGAUGACGGAAUUAAUGCAAUCAAACAUAGAUUUUCUGGGAAGAAAGUUCUUGUUGUCGUUGAUGGUGUCGAUCACAGAGAUCAGCUUCAUGCAUUUGCACUUUUGGGAAAGCGUGAUUGGUUUGGUUCAGGAAGUAGGGUUAUUGUCACUACUAGAAUCCAAGAGAUUCUAAAACUGGCUGAGGUCAAUUCGACUUAUGAACCAAAGGAAUUGAUUCCCUAA